AUGCAGAACCCAAGUGUCCAAACUUUUGCCGGCAGUCAGAUACUUGGACUGAGAUGGGGUGCAUCUACAACUGGGGUUUUCGCGUGUGCCAUUCCGAGUGAUGCAAGUACAUCACAACAAUCGUGUAAAGAUAUUAGAAUUGAAGCUGAGGGUGACGUCGAUGUCGAAGAAGCAAGAGAUGUUGGAAUUGAAGCAGAUGAUGACGAUUUGGAUGAACCAAAGACCGUAGUUCUUCACAAAUGA